AUGCUUAACCUUAUAAAGAUUCGACUACAGCUUUCCAAUGAUCCGUUCAAGGUUGUCAUAUCCAACAUUGUAAGUAAUGCUAGGAAACUGUUCCAGCAGAACCCCCGACAUAAGUACUUUGCACUCCAGUUUAUAGAGUCCAUCUACCGAGGCAUUGGUCCUAAUCUUCUAGGGAACAUGUGUGCUUGGUCGCUUUAUUUCACCUUCUACAACGAAUACAAACGGUUGUUGGGCGCAGCUACCGGUGAAACCAAGCACCCAAUGACUUACUUUGCAUCUUCCACAUUGGCUGGUUUGAGUACCGGAGUAGUGACCAACCCUAUCUGGGUUACCAAGGUUCGACUUUUGGCGAGUUCCAAGCUGAGUCCCAACGCAUACCGUAACAUGUGGCAUUGCUUAUAUUCCAUGUAUCUUAACGAAGGGAUAUUACUGUUUUGGAAAGGAGGGUUAGCUGGAACGUUUCUGAUCUUCCAAGGUGCCUUUCAGAUAACUCUAUAUGAUAAAUUAAAGGAUUCAUUCCACAGGGAUAAGUUGUCUACCACUGAAUAUAUUUAUUGUUCGCUGACUUCUAAAGUUGUCAGCAUGCUAUUGACGUAUCCUGGUCAGGUUGUGAGAGCUCAGCUUCAGAAUAGUAUAGUUAAGCUCAAGAUCUCUCAGGUCAUCUCCAAUAUAUAUAAGGAACAAGGGUUGAAGGGUUUUUUUAGAGGCGUAGGAACAAACCUGUUAAGAGUAGUUCCUGCAACCGUGACAACAUUUCUUAUAUAUGAGAAGGUCAAAGAUCAUCUUCAACCGUAG